AACAGCGUCCUGGCGGUGGCUCGCGGUCGUGGCGCCCCGGCCGUGCCGUGCUCUAGAUUGCCUUGCCGUCGAGUGCAGCGCAGCGCGGUGUAGUGCAGUGUGCAGCCAGCCCGGUGCAGCAGUGAUUAAUCAAGUGACUGUGGGGACUCUCCCUGUGAUAACGGACAGGACAGUGUGUGCUGCUUGUUGUUCAAGUUUCACUGUAACAAAGCUGCCAAGCGGCAACUGUGCAGUUACGUUCCAGUUUUGUUUCAAGUGAAUGAAAUUAAGUGAAUUCAGUUUCGAACAGACGCGUGGCAGCGGAUGACCAUGUGAAUGUCCAGUUAAAUGGGAUGACAUCACCACGCAGACAUCUUGCAUUUUGGCCAAGAGUUGGAGACCAGAGAUCCUCUUUUGAAGAAGACGAAGACAUGCCAGUUCAAAAAAUAAGCAGUGGAGAGGGUACGACGACAAGUCCGUCCCAUGAGAGGAGUUCCCGAGGAUACAAUGAUCGAACGCCCACCGAGGAAGGGAGUGAGCCGGAAAGCGAAGCUCACAUCUACAGAUCUACUCCAUCAGCCAAGUUCACCACGAUGCCUGAAAAGCUUUUCAAAGUCAUAAUCAUCGGAGACCCUACUGUUGGGAAAACUUCUUUUGUGCAACGUUAUGUACAAAAUUCAUUCAAGAGAGAUUACAAAGGGACAGUGGGUGUUGACUUUGCCCUCAAGAUACUGAAGUGGUCAGAGACUCAAACAAUCAAGCUACAGCUGUGGGAUAUUGCUGGGCAGGAACGAUUCACGUGGAUGACAAGAGUAUAUUACAAGGAUGCUCAUGGCUGUGUCAUUAUGUUUGAUUUAGCAAAUAAAAAUUCUUUUGUCAACACACUGAAGUGGAAAAGAGAUGUGGACUCAAAGUGUACUCUCCCAGAUGGUUCACCAAUUCCAUGCAUGCUUCUUGCCAACAAGUGUGACCUAGCACAUCGCCAAGUGGACCAGAUGGAAAUCGAAACAUUCUACAAGGAGCACAACUUUAUUGGAUGGACUGAAACUUCUGCCAAAGAAGGAUUAAUGGUUAAUGAUUCAAUGAGAUUUUUGGUGGAUGUAAUGAUGCGACACGAGGGAAUGCAGGGCCUAGGCAUGGCCAAUGACAGCCUCAAGUUGACGGGACCAGGACCGCAGGCAUCUUCAAGUUGUUCCUGCUAAGCGACGGUGGUCAAGUUUCUGAGAUGUAUGUGUCAGGAUCCCUCCCCAUUUAUGUGCCAUAGGAGGAUGUUUUAUUUUAACUUUCUUUGUAUUUUGUUCUGUCUAUGUAACAUUUUGUUAUCAUAGAUCAUGUUGCCAUUUCUAAUUUACUUAACUGUUGUCUCUGUUAUCAUUCCCAAAACAGAGAGUGUAUCAGUAUGCAUUCCUGGAAAGCUCGUUUCUGUGCACAUUUGCAUUCCAUUUUAUUACGUUGUUAUUGAUUUAUUUAUAUAAAAGAACUGUGGGGCCAAACUCAGUGUAAGUUAAUUGAAGGUGACUUUAUUAAUGAUCUGAAAUUUAUACAGAAGUGCCAUUAGUACUUUUACCCUACUUUGUUAGUGUACUUUUUUCUACCCCUGUGAUAAUGUAAUUCUGUGAUGUGCAAUUAAUAUUUUGCUAUCAGUUCUAUUUACACUGUCCAUUAUAAUACCGCAUCACUUCGAAAGGAAAACAAGAGUUUUGUUUAGACCAUGACACUAGCCCUCCAUAAUGCCAUGUUUGAGCUGGGCAGCUUUACCUCUGUAUUAAAAAUAUGGUCAUUGUUUAAGCAAUAUGUCUAUGUGCCACAGUUAUGUCACAUGUCUAGUCAUACAAUAGGAUUACAUCAGAAUAAUGAUUAUCAGGAUCUUUUUAUGAUUCCGUGUGAAAGAAGUCUGUUUGAUACUGGAGGACCAUUUAGAUGAUAAAAUAAAACCAUGAGAUUUUUCAGUAACUUUAA